AUGUUAGAAAGAUCUGUCUUGCAUCAAACCAAUGUGAUCUGCCUAGCUGACCUUAACUGGCAGAACUUAAUUCUACUGGUGCGUUGGAUGGAUGUGCUAUACUGUGACAGCAGGAAGUCAAAGUGUGGUUUCAAUGUAGACAUGAAAAUAGAAGAUAUCAGAUGCAUUUUUCUGGCGGCUGUUACCAUGUCAGUUCUGGCGAUAAUUAUCACAGUCUCUAACAGUUUGGCCAGUGUAGGCACUUCACUCACACCCGUAGUGUCCUUCUCACCAAAGUGGAGACAUUUCUUAGUAACUGAAAAUCUGUCUCUGACAUGCAAUGUGAGUUCCACUUCUCAAGAAAAUUACAGUUAUAGCUGGUACCAGGACAGUAAGAAACUCCCAGGAUUUCAGCAAACCUACCAAAUUCAACCUGCACAAUGGGAUGCUAGGGGCAAUUAUCAGUGCCAAGCCAAUGCCAGCAAUAUCAGUGACCCUGCCACACUCAAUAUUUCUGAUGAUCACGUUAUUCUGCAGGUGCCUCUGUAUGUGUUUGAAGGGGAGACGGUGACUCUGAGAUGUCACGAUUUGGAAGGAAUGGAUGAGAAGAACACACUGUUCUAUAAGGAUGGUCAUCUCAUUGGCAGAGAUUCUGAUGAACUUAAGAUAAAAGCAGAGCUAAACGCAACUGGAAAAUAUAAAUGUGAAAAACAAUUGAAACGCCUGAAUUCAACUAAGCAUUAUUACUCUGCUGAAGAACAUGUCUCUGUCACAGAGCUUUUUUCUACUCCAGAAAUUAAAGUUUUCCCUGAUCCAGCACUAGAAGGAGUCGAAAUGACUGUAACAUGUAGCACGACUCUCAGCCUGCUCAGAGUAAGUACUCGGCUUCAUUUUGCUUUCUACAGAAAUGGGCAGCAAGUCCAGGGAUUCACACCAUUGGAUACAUACCGAGUUCACUUCACCCAGGAGAACGACACUGGACUUUAUACCUGUGAAGUCAAAACUUUAACCAACAAUGUAAAGACAAGCCACGAAUACCAUGUCUAUAUGACAGCUUUGAAUAUUCAAUCCAAUGUUGAACGAAGGUUGUGCAUUCAUGUUGUAAAUAUUUGCAGAUUAUGUUCAUUGUCCGCUCUCUACCUGGGAGCACGAAAUCUCUCUCCAGCUAUGCUAAUUGCAAUGUAA